CUUCUUUCUUCGUGGCUGUUUCAGCUCCGCCAACUACAUUACUUACUCUUUGUAAUACCGACCAACGCCUUCAAUGUACCAUAAGAAAACCACCAUACAUUAGCAAUGGGGACCAGCCCCGUUCCAGCGAACAAAUAUCAUCCCAAGACAUACCAUACCAGCUACGCAACCCACCAGCAUCAAGUCCUUAUACCCAUUAAAUCUUUGCCUCGAACCCACCCUCCCAAAUCAAAGUCCCAUGUUAUCUCCCUCGCAAAUCGAGUCCUCAUACCCAUAGGAGAUACACCGCCAAACACCAGAAAAAAAGCACCCAACGUAAAGAACCACCAACAAGGGAUUGAACUUCUCUCCUACUCCUCCUCCUCCCCCCCCCUUCCUUCCUCCGGAACCACAAACCCUCGUCGCACCUGUCCGACGCAUCGCCCGAGAACGCCAACCAGAGUCGCAUAUCCCUCCGCUCCCUGUCUGUCCUUCAUCGGCGCCGAAGACGAGAGCAGUACUAGUACUAGUAGUACCUGUCCAGGCUGAGGUCACAGGGUGAGGAAGAGAGAGAGAGAUUAUAGCCUCCGCACACGCGGUAGCGCUAGGGGUUAGGCAGGCAGUCAAUCCGUGCGGUGGCAUUAAAUAUUCGAGUACAGGUCA